UAUGAGCUCAGGUUUGAGGCUGAAUUCACAGCGCUGCUGAACCGGGUCAAACUCGGUCCGGGCGUCACUUACAGUCUGCCUGCUCAGAGGAGCCAUCCACCCGUCGCAAUGGCUGUCCGCGGUUGUGUGACCCUGCUCUUUAUUCUACUGUGCGGUAUUGUGCAUGCUGAUGAUCUGGUGACAUCACCAUUACCUGCAAUACAGAAGUUAAGCACAAACCAAAUCAUCUCCAGCACUUCUUCUCCAACCACCAACAAACCCUCUUCAGCUGCCACUUCUGCCGCUGUGACUACGGAAUUUCCAACCACGCAUCACAACACGACUAAUUCUACUACAGAGCCUCCAACUACCCCACAUCACAACACGACUAAUUCUACUACAGAGCCUCCAACUACCCCACAUCACAACACGACUAAUUCCACCACAGAAGCGCCAACUACCGCACACUCUAAUGCUACAACAGCUCCAACUCCUCCUCCGACCUCUCCUCCUGUCCCCAACCCAACUGUUGGAAACUACAGUGUCAAGUCAGACAAUGUCACAGUCUGUCUUUUGGCAAAGAUGGGCCUUCAGUUCAGUUUCAAAAUGAGUGAGAAUGCCAGCUUUCAGACUCUUAAUCUUGACCCGAGUCCUAAUGUAACGGAAGUGAGUGGAGCCUGUGGAAGUGGUGGCAAUGACUCUUCCCUUGUGCUGAAGUCGGAAGAAAUCACAGUUCAUUUUAUCUUCACAAAUGUUUCACAGAAGUUCCGUCUACAUGCUUUGAUGCUCUCUGUUAAUCUUGCAAAUGGAAAUGUUUUCAAUGCCUCCAAUAAUAAUUUGUCUCUGUGGGAGGCAUCUGUCGGAAGCUCCUACAUGUGCAAAAAAGAGCAGAGUUACAACAUCACUGACAAGCUUACCAUCAACACGUUUGAGCUACAAGUGCAGCCCUUCGCAGUCCAGAACAACAAGUUUAACACGGGUAUGUAUUUGUUUGUGAUGCUAAAGAAUAAAGCUGAGAUAAUUAUCUCAUCAGAGGUAAUUAUACAGCGUAUGUAUAACUCAUAACUGGACUUUGUCCUU